CUGCAUAGUAUUACGGCGUAGUAUGCAUUCACUUUUACAAGAUACGAUGGAAUGGAGGAACGAGAAGACUGAUAAGAUGCCAAUAAACCGCAUAAUUUUAAUGAGCUGUGGCAAAUAUAAUCCACCAACAUUUAUGCAUCUACGAAUGUUUGAAAGAGCACGUGAUCAUCUUCACACUCUGCGAACACACACUGUAAUAGGAGGUGUAAUAUCACCAGUAAGUGAAUCUAGUUCAAAUAAGGAUCUCGCAGACAGUACAAUAAGAUGUGAUUUAUUAAACUUGGCUACUAAGGCAAGCGACUGGAUUCGCAUGAGCACUUGGGAAAUAAGGCAGAUGAGCUCAAAGAGUACCAAGGAAAUCUUAGAGCACCACCAAAAUAUAUUAGAUUCGUAUAUUAGUAAUGCCAUUGACAAUAACAUAAGUAAUGAAGAUGUAGAGUGGAUACCUGAUAAUGUUAAGAAUAAUACAAGUCAAUCCCAAAUACAAAUUAAAUUACUCUGUGGCUCUGACCUAGUUGAAAGUUUGGUUACUUCCAAACUUUGGUCAGAAGAAGAGAUAACAGAAAUAUUAGAAAAGUUUGGUCUAAUUGUUAUAGGCAAAGAAGGAGUAAAUGUAUAUAAAUUUAUAUAUGACUCAGAUAUUCUUUCAAAACACUUAAAUAAUAUUCACAUUGUUACUGAAUGGAUACCAAAUGAAGUGAAUUCUACUCGGAUAAGGCGAGCUUUGCGACGAGGAGAAAGCGUUAAAUAUCUCCUUCACAAUGAUGUCAUUGAAGCAAUUUAUAGAAAACGUAUUUACAAUGCCGCUAAUUGGCUGUCGACCAGCGCACGAUGCAGCAGCCGCAGCAGCACUGAGUCUUCGGCAAGCAGCAGUAGGAUGGAGGAGAAGGGACGGGUCAUAUUGAUGUCAUGUGGCAGUUACAAUCCACCGACGCACAUGCACCUGCGGAUGUUCGAGCGAGCACGAGACCACCUGCACAACCUCGGCGCGUACAUAGUCGUCGGUGGAGUGGUGUCCCCGGUAAACGACGCGUACGGCAAGAAAGAAUUGGCGAGCGGCACGCACAGAUGCGAGAUGUUGAGACUGGCGCUGCAGGACAGCGACUGGAUACGCCUGAGCACGUGGGAGAUGCGCCAGCAAGGCUGGACGAGAACACGGGCGUGCCUCCAGCAUCACCAGUCGAUUUUGAAUGCCGUAGUGCCGAAUCAAAGCGACGCCAACAGCAACUCGAUCGACAACGAAGAUCUCGACUGGCUGUCCGAGAACGUGAGGAACAACGAUAGCGAAGGUCAGACGCCCAUUCAGAUAAAGUUGCUGUGCGGUGGUGAUCUGCUGGAGAGUUUCGCCACGCCUGGACUCUGGGCUGAAGAGGAUAUCGCAGAAAUCGUGGGCACCUAUGGUCUCAUAGUAAUCACAAGGGAAGGCUCGAACCCGUACAAGUUCAUUUACGACUCGGACGUUCUCUCGAAGUACCUGCAUAAUAUACAGAUAGUCACGGAGUGGAUUCCGAACGAGGUGAGCUCGACACGAAUACGGCGAGCGCUCAAACGUGGUGAAAGCGUUAAGUAUUUGCUGCAAGAUCCUGUGAUCGAUUACGUUUACAAAUACGGCAUCUAUGGCGCUACAAGGCCCUCGACCAUUAAGUUACAAUUUGCAUCAAAUAAUUCCUCGACCGACUACCUUGACACCGACGAAGCGAAUGCCUCUCUAACGCCGUCGCCAAGCGACGUGAUAAUGCAGGAGUCGACGACGACGACGACGACGACGCCGCAAGUUGUGAAAAAUAAUAGUUACUCGGACGAAAGUCCGGAGGAGAACACUGAAUUAGCGCGUGAAAAGUUUUUCCGCAGUCUCGAGUCGUCGUCGUCGAUGCUCCUGCAGCAUCAACAUCAGCAGCAACAUCAGUUCAGUAGCGCUAGGGCCAGGAACGAAUUAUUGGCGUUUGACGACAUGACCGAGAGCGAAUUGGCGACAAUGUGCGAUAACACUUACAGCGAGGAGAGAGAGGACGACGGUUUAUCAAUCACGUACGAGGAGAGCAGCGAGGAUUUGAACGAGUCUUCCGUGAGAAACAACAAAGACUGCAAAGUUAAGCAAACGUCCGAAGAUACAGUUAGUUCGUCGAGAAACGGCUCGAUUGGUUUCGAACCACUGGAGGACUCCGACUCGCAGGCAACCAAGUUCGAGAGCAAUCUGGAAAUCGAUGGCAAGUAUAUCAAGUCACUGGUGAACUCGAAAAAGACGCCAAAGAAAUCAUCCGACGACAGAGACGAGGAGGAGCCUGAAAUCGAAAGUACGCUGGACACCGACGAGGCGAAAACCGUGGCGGAAAAAGUCGAGCCAGAUGCCAACGAAAUCAGUAUAUUCGACGAUGACAUUAGCUACAUCAAGCGCUUCCGGCUGAUCAUUAAUAAGCCUGCCGACCAAACAACAGCACAAAGCCAACAUCUCAAAGGCAGUCUCGACUCGAUCAAUUUGCAGGAGUCCAAAGGAUCGAGUAGAAGUACGAUCAAGAGUAUGUCGAAGAAAUCCAAGAGUUUUGAGUCGAUCAAGCGCAACGCGUCGACUUCCGUCUACUGCGACGCCAGGCAGAAAUCCGACAAUACUUCGCAGUUCGUCACUGCGUUGGAAACCGAAGAACGUUGUUCCGCGUGCUCGCCGGACGAAGACUCGACCGAGUGUGACAUUUGCAGCUCGUGCAAUUUGCGCGAUUCCGAGGACGCGAAGGAGCCAAGUUUGAGCGAAACGACGGAAAUCUGCGAGAUUUGCGGGGAGCCAGCUACGACUACGGAAGAAUUGUUGACCGACAGUCCGCAAACGAUUAACAGCAGGUCUGUCCCACUGAAUCUUCCCAAAGCUAAAUCAACGAUCGAAAUCAACCAAGGAUCUUACAGAAGACCGACGGUGGACGAAAGGUAUGAGAUCGACAAUUGUGGCUUGCAAGACUGCCGACUGAGAGCUUCCUUGGAUACUUGUAACAAACCCGAACCACUCUAUGUAAACGUCAUACCUCGACAGCAAGCACCAAUUAGAUAUAUUGCCAGUCGUGACGACGUGGCGAUGUCGCGAAGUUUGAGUAUCGGUGGGGGAAUAAAACGUUCAAGUCGAAAGACAUUCCCAAAGAAAACGACGACUCAAGAGAAACGAAGGUACUCAUCGGUGGACAAUUUACAGAAUCGAACGCUGUCGUUUCGCUCGAGCGAGAAACUCUCCAAGACUCGCGAGAGCAAGUUUACAACCUCGGCAGACAAUAUCAGACCAGCGAGGGUCUCGAGAAGCAGGUCAUUGAGAAGAUCCGCCGAUAACUUCUCGUCGGGAGAUAAUUUGGACGAGGAUGACGAAUACACGAGGGUUAAGAUACGCGACACCGACACCAUCAAGAUGAUACUCACCAAGCACGGUAUUAAAAUAAUCAGUCAGAAAGAGACGGUUUUAUAGGACGACGAUAUGGGCGAGAUUCUUUGUUAAAUGUUUUUUUAGGUUCGUAGGUUGAUUUUGCGGAGCUUUUUUUACAGGAGCGUAUCCAUAUUAUACAGGGUAGAAGAAAUUGUCUUUUUUUAAUUUUAAUGGGAACAUAUCGAUUGGGCAAGUUCUCACCAAGUUUGUUUGUCAAGUGAUAAAGUCGUAAGUAUACGUGUUUAGCGAAAUAUGUCUUCCUUAUGAUAGUGCGAAAAUCGAAUUGCCGUGUUGUUUCAUAUCAGAAUUAUAUGUGCAAGUAGAAUAGUUUUAUAUACGUGUGUGACGUUUUUAGAUGGACUUUUAUAGCGUUAUGAAGAUAUACUACAUCCAUCAAAGAAACUAUUUACUUUGCAGUAUCGGUGCUAACAACGAAAUUUUUAAUGAUUCCGCAAAGUCAACCAUUAUUCUCGCUAGGAUUCAAGUACACUUAGUUCACGACAAACAAUCAAUAGAAAAUUGCCCAUAUCUAUAACUACAAUCGAAUGAGAAAUAAAUUAAUUUAGUUCCAGCAUAAAGACUUGAUAUAGAAAUACAGAGCUAUAAGUUUUCACGUUUUCAAUUUCGAAAGUCUAUUUUUUAACGUCAGAUUACAAAAGAGAAUUAUAAAAAAGCGUUGUAAAGAAUAUAUAUAAAAUAGAUCCUGUUCGUCGAUAUAUUUCGGUCAAGCUUACGUUGAUGUUUUUGGAACCUCAUUGAUUUCUUUAGUAGCGCUUCACCAAUGCUUUACUAGAGCAAAUUGAUGACGAUCAUUAUAUUUACAAUCAAAAAUUUUUUAGAGUCGCUUAUUAUAUACGUUUAAUGUGAUUGAUUCACUCCUAUAUAGAGAACAAUGUGUGUUGGUGUAACAGAUAUAUAGAAGGAAAGUAGGCAAGCAAAAAUAAUUAGGAAUUGGAACAGAGCAAACGACAGAAUGUAGAGGUAAAGACAACUAAAUUUUACGUUGCCAAUAAUGUGCCAAGCAUCCAGAUGCGAAAAAAAAAGAAAAAAAAAAUCUUUCCAAAAAGUCACGUAGAUUAAGUUUAAUCGUAAUAAGAACCACGAGAGUCGUCGAGUUUAUAUGACAAUCCUGGACAUAUGUCAAUAUACAAGUCUUAGAUUUCUUGAUAUUAUAUACGUUAUACAAACCUAUAUUAAAAAAAAAAAAAAACAAUAAUUAAA